UGGCUCGACUUUCCAUUGAAUCUGGGUAAGGGCAUUGCACCUACACCCGUAAGCAUAAUUUAGUCGGUGGAUUGGUGAGAAUGGUGCGUUCUCUUCCUAUAAAUAUGGCCCGGCCAUCAGCUUAAGACUGCACUCAUCGACAUCGUCCCCCGGCCCUUGUGAAGAAAAUGGCUGUACCGUCCUUCUUCCUUCUGAUCUCCAUCCUUUCCGCUCUCCUCAUGCCUCUCUCCGGCCUGCAAAACGUAUCGAGCUCUACUUGCAUGCCUGCACCACCUGCAGACAGGCUGCCGGUGUACCCCAGCGACCUGCCAAGGAUUCAGUUCGCUCUUAACUUGGAGCACCUCGAGGCAGCCUUCUUCUGCUAUGGUGCUUUGGGCCAUGGGCUGGACGUGCUUGCACCAGAACUGGUCAUGGGGGGACCCCCAAGCAUCGGCGCCAUGAAGGCCAACCUCAACCCUCUCGUCGAGGACAUCAUUGAACAGUUCUGCUAUCAGGAGAUAGCUCACAUUAGGGUGAUUACGGAGACGGUUGGUCCGUUCCCUCGGCCAUUAAUGGAUCUGAGCGUAAAGAAUUUUGCGCACAUAACGAACGUGGCACUCGGGCGCGAACUCAACCCUCCAUUUGAUCCUUACGCCAACACCGUCAAUUUCCUAAUCGCCACUUACUGGUUGCCUUACAUGGGACUCACCGCUUACGUGGGCACCGACCCCAACCUCUUGGGUUACUGGUCCCAUCGGCUGGUGAGCGGGCUCUUAGGCGUGGAAGCGGGGCAGGACGCCAUAGACCGAGGGCUGCUGUACCAAAUGAAGGAGGAAAAGGUCGAGCCCUACAACAUCACGGUGGCGGAGUUCACGAAUCACAUCUCCAUCCUGAGGAACUGCCUCGGCGGUUGCGGCAUCAAGGAUGAGGGCCUGAUCGUCCCGCUCGAGCUUGGCUCGGAGAACAAGACUUGCGGCAAUAUCCUCUCCGCGGACGUGAACUCGCUCUCCUACGCGCGCACCGCCGCCGAAACCCUGAGGGUCAUCUACUCCACCGGCGAUGAGCAUGUGCCCGGCGGCUUCUUACCCAAAGGUGGCAACGGCGAGAUAGCACGAUCCUAUCUACAUCACCACUAGAUCGAUCGGCGACGUGCUCCUCUACCUAGCAAUUAGUUCGCUCUCCCCACGACGCUGCUGGUUGCAAUGCAUGCAUCCUAUAUCUGUUUGUCGUAUAGUAAGCGAAUAAAGCGAUGGUCUCUGUGAUUGUUGUGAGUCCACCUACUGUCGGUUUAGUUGUAGUUUGCGUGGACCUCACCUCACUAUGCUUAUGUUUCUCUAAUAUGAAUGAAAGACAAAGACGGAAAUCAAUGGAAGAAAUACUAAUAAUAAAAAGUGUGCUUUGAUUUGCCAUAUAAAC